UCAGUGCGGCGGCGGCGGUGGCUUGGGGGACCGGGGCCUUUUGUUUGAGCGGCGGCGGGGGGCCCGGAGCGGCGAGGCCGGCGGCCUUCCCCUGCUCCCUCGGUCCCGGCCGCCCCUCGCGGGGGUGGGGGGGCCGCCCCCUGGGCCGGGCCUCGCCUCAGGCGCCGCCGCCCCGCCCUUGGCCCGCCCCGCCCGGCCCGAGGGGAGGAACCGGCCGGGCCUCCCCGCGCGGCCCAGCCACCUCCAGUCUCCGCCACUACCCUCUGCGAGUCGGACCCGAAGGCUGCCUCUCCUCUCUUAGGCCGACGCCAUGAAGAUUAAGGAUGCCAAGAAACCCUCUUUCCCAUGGUUUGGCAUGGACAUCGGGGGAACUCUGGUAAAGCUCUCAUAUUUUGAACCUAUUGAUAUCACAGCAGAGGAAGAACAAGAAGAAGUUGAGAGCUUAAAAAGUAUUCGGAAAUAUUUGACUUCUAAUGUAGCCUAUGGAUCCACUGGUAUUCGAGAUGUACACCUUGAACUGAAAGAUUUAACACUUUUUGGCCGAAGAGGAAACUUGCACUUUAUCAGAUUCCCAACCCAGGACCUGCCUACUUUUAUCCAAAUGGGAAGAGAUAAAAACUUCUCAACAUUACACACGGUGCUAUGUGCUACAGGAGGUGGUGCUUACAAGUUUGAAAAAGAUUUUCGCACAAUUGGAAACCUCCACCUGCACAAACUGGAUGAACUUGACUGCCUUGUAAAGGGCUUGCUGUAUAUAGAUUCUGUCAGUUUCAAUGGAGAAGCAGAGUGCUAUUAUUUUGCUAAUGCCUCAGAACCCGAGAGAUGCCAAAAGAUGCCUUUUAACCUGGAUGAUCCCUAUCCACUGCUGGUAGUAAACAUUGGUUCAGGAGUCAGUAUUUUAGCAGUCCAUUCCAAAGACAACUAUAAACGAGUAACUGGGACAAGCCUUGGAGGGGGUACCUUUCUGGGUUUAUGUAGUUUAUUGACUGGCUGUGAAAGUUUUGAAGAGGCUCUUGAAAUGGCAUCCAAAGGUGACAGUACCCAAGCUGACAAGCUGGUCCGUGAUAUUUACGGAGGAGACUAUGAAAGAUUUGGUCUGCCUGGUUGGGCUGUGGCAUCGAGUUUUGGGAAUAUGAUUUAUAAGGAGAAGCGAGAAUCUGUUAGUAAAGAAGAUCUAGCAAGAGCUACUUUAGUUACCAUCACCAAUAACAUUGGUUCUGUGGCACGAAUGUGUGCUGUUAAUGAGAAAAUAAACAGAGUUGUCUUUGUUGGAAACUUUUUACGUGUCAAUACUCUCUCAAUGAAACUUUUGGCAUAUGCACUGGAUUACUGGUCAAAAGGUCAACUGAAGGCAUUGUUUCUAGAGCAUGAGGGCUAUUUUGGAGCAGUUGGUGCACUUCUUGGGCUGCCAAAUUUCAGCUAAAGCAUCAGGUUUCUCUGCUAAUAAAUAUUCAAGAAGAACUGAAAACCAGAGGCAUUAUUACUGCAUUAUUUGUCACUGGGAACCAAAGGAUAAAAGAGUAGCACUAUUCUUGUUGAUUUUUAAAUGUCAGAGUGGUAAGCUGCUAAAUGUUGCCAUAUUAAAAAGAGAGAGCUCCAGAAAUGUGAAGUAUUUCUAGUUGAAAUGUUUUCCCUUUUGUAUAUAGCCAGUGUUAAAUCCUUAAAUGCAAUACAGCCUCUUAAUUAUUGAGCUUCCUCUCAAAAUGGUUUUCUACUUAUUUUAUGUAGCCAACAUUGCAGUACUGUAUGUUCAGAAACAAAUCUUAAUGUCUCAGAAAUGUGAGCUCAUGAAAAUAACUGAUUCUGAAUAUUCGUUAUGGAGUCUGUUCUGUGUGUGUUUUGGUUACUAGUAAGUGUACAGUAACAUACCAUGUAUUAGUGAAGUGGGAGUUCCUGUCGUGGCUCCGCGGAAACGAAUCUGACUAGUAUGCAUGAGGAUGCAGUUUUGAUCCCUGGCCUUGCUCAGUGAGUUAAGGAUCUGGCAUUGCCACGAGCUGUGGUGUAGGUUGCAGAUGUGGCGCGGAUCCUGCGUUGCUGUGGCUGCGGUGUAGGCGAGCAGCUGCAGCUCUGAUUUGACCCCUAGCCUGGGAACCUCCUUAUGUCUCGAGCGCGCCCUAAAAAGACAAAAAAAACACCAAAGUGGUAAUCGGAGAUGAUCAUUUUCAUGUGAUUUUAGAAAUGUUAAGGCAAUAUUAAUUAUUCAUUAUUGUUUUCCAAACAUAUCUUCUCCGAAAAAGCAUGUUUAUGUGGUCUUUCCCCAGUAGUAUAAGCUUUUUCAAAUGCCAUAAUUUAAUUGAACUACUACUAUUAAACAUGAGUCUGAAUUUUAAACUGAGUCCUAGAAAAUGCACAUAAUUGGUGAUAAUGCACUUUUUGUAUUUUGAGUUAAUCACCACAUUUACAAAUGUUUAAUCAUUUUUUAUUAUUUGAAAGUCUGUUCAGUGAGGGUCCAGGACUAUUCAUAUGGAGUAUGAUUUAUGUUGAUUGGUAAGGUUCUGUGCUCUUUCUACACCACGUUUAUUUUAGGCCCAAACUUAGCCAUCUCUGUGUAAUUAAGUCUGAACCAUCAAAGAUAAAGACUUUCUUCUACUUUGAACAGCAGCAAUUCAUUUAUUCUAAGUGGGUGUUAGGGACAUCUUAAAGAUGAGUUGUUUUGAAACUGGGAGUCUGAGGCAGUGUUGCAGAAUUAAAGGAUCAGUGUUUCGUACAUUCUGGUAAUAAGAGCAUUAUAGUUCCAAAAUUUCUAAAUUAUUUUGCCUUGGAAUUUAUUCUCUACUUUGAAAUCAUUUUUUUAUAAUGUUAAAAUUUUUUUCAGAUUGACUUUGGCAGUAACGUCUUGGAGGUCCAAUAAUUCAGCAGAGUUUUUUGAGACUGUUACUUAUGGUGUAGGAAGUUGAAAGACUUGGGAAUAUAGGUAAAAAUACCAUUAAAUUACCAGUAAAUCUGGAUGUAUUUUGAAGAGCUUAAAACUUACUUGUAUUUAGGAAGAAAGAAGUAUUAUGAUGUAGUUUUACAGAACACAGUUUUUUGCUCCAUAGAGAACAAUUUUAGUUGAUUCUCAAGAGGUGCUUGAUAAAGACAUUUCUCCUUGUCAUUUUCAAAUUUUGUGCUCAAAUACUUAAGUUCAGUUUUUUUUCUAGAUAGACAUAUGAAUAAUAAGAGCAAUGUUUGGGGGGGAAGCAUGUGAAGGUAAUUUUUUAGAAUUUGGAAUAUUUGGAACUUUGAAUUCAUGUCAGUUAUUUCAAUAUUUUUCAUUUUGAAAACCUAUAGUGACUAAACAUUUCUUCAGUGUUUCCAUUUUAGUGACUAGAUAGUACAGACAAAAGCGAUCUGUUCAUUUUAGAAUUUUGUGAUUGGGGCAUCUGUACAAAAAGGUUUUAUUUUUAAAUAACUUCAAGUUUUAUACCUGUGGUAAACUGUAUAUUAGCUAUUAUAGUUUUGGGGCUGUCUUUAAGAAAGAAAUGGAAUGGUGAAAGCAUUUAUAAGUUAAUUUGAUCGGUACUUUGGUUAAUUAGGGACUAUAAUUCAUACUUUUGGUCUUUUGAAGCUGAAAUUACCUGGUCAAAUGCAUGUGAGGUGAACAACUAUCUUACCACUGUUGCUCUCAGCUUUUCUUUUGUACAAUCCAGAAUUACUGGAGUAAUUCUAAUAAGUAUUUCUAGUAAGAACAUGGAAUUGUGAUGAAGGCUGCCAAGAUUCUGUUUUUUUUUUUUUUUUUUAAUGAAUGAUCUCAAGAAAAUGCUUUUAAACGUACAGCGGUUCUAAUUAAUCCCAAUUAUCCUAAUGCCUCAAAGCUCUUAGGUUCUUGAACAGUGCUGUGUAGUAGAAAUAUCUAUGAGCCUCAUGUAAUUUCGUGUUUCCUAGUAGGCACAUGUAAAAAGUAAAAGGAAACAAGUGAAAUUCAUUUAAAUUAUAUUUUUCUGUUUACCUCGCAUAUCUGAUAUAUUAUUUCAACAUGUAAUCAAUAUAAAAAGUUAUUUAUGAGUUUUUUGUUUCAGCUUUUUUUUCCCUCUCAGUACUUAAGUCUUCAAAACUGGUAUAUAUUUUACACUUAGAGCGUAAUUCAGUUUAGACUGACCACAUUUCAAGUUCUCAGUAGCCGCAUUUGUGUAGACAGUGUAGUUUCUAGAAUUAGCUCUUUAAAAUCAACACUAUCAUGUAUUCAUUAAAGUUUUAUGAAUAUGGGCUUUUUUUAUAAGUAAUGUUAGCAAGGAGACCUUAUAGGAACCUCUUCUUCGUUGAGUUCUCUACACACAAAGAGGAGCUUCUUUAUAACUUUACGAUUUCAUUUUCAUUUCGAAAAACCCACUAUAACAUUUUCAAAUGCACAGAGCACCGUCAGUUUGUUCGGGGCUUGGUAAAGAGCACGAGGGCUAGAAGGUCCCGCUACUGCUUCCAGCACCCCUUCCCUCAGAAGAUUGCCUUUUAAACUGGAGACUUAGAGAACAAAUGGCCUUCAGUUCUAUUCCUCAACUUCUCCAAAGACAAGUACUAGUAGACUUCCUUGCCUGUUGACAUGGGCACUCCUUGCUCAGCUACCAUAGUUUAAAUGAGUGGACUCCUAGUUUAAGUGUCAGUGGUACCUGACAGUCCUUCUAGAGGUUCACAUUAUUUGCCAAAAAUUAGACUCUAAAGGUUUCUUGGUUUUUGCUUGUGCACGUGUGAUUAUUGUAAGUACCAGUUCCUGAAAGUCCCGUUUCUGUAAGAAAAAUGCAGCUCAAAGGGAAGAUGUUUUCCUCUUUGUCCCGCGGUACUCUUGCCUUCAUUCUUGAGUAAAAAACCUAGCAAGGCAGUAGUCGCCAAAUGUCCUUUAUAACCACUCUGCUUGUUGUAUGUAAAAUUUCCCAUAUUUCGUUUAACUUUUUUUUUCUGUUGAGCACUUUAUGCUUUUUAGUCUGUUGUAUUUGAGAAUAUAGUUUAGAAAUUCUUUCUCUUUUAAAGCCCUGUAAAAACCGAUUAAGGAUAAUCACCGGAAAAAUCAGUAUGCAUUAUUUUGCAUUUAACUUACUGUUCUGUGGUACACAUAAACAAAAUAUUAGAAACACUGCAUCUUUGUAAUAAUAGUCUUUGACCUUAUUUAACGUGAGAGGUCCGUGAUGUCAUAUUUUCCCAAUAAGUUUAUAUUAGCAUGUGCUUUGUGUAUAUUAACUGCCUAUUAUCAAUAUGGGAGACAGUUUUAUGUUUCCUCUGAGUCUGCUAACCGUCUAGCAAGGACUCCAAAAAAUGAGUAAUUGGUUUUCUUCCUUUAAGGUAUUUUCAUAGCCUUUUGAAAAUAAUGUCCCAUGAAAAGUAAACCAUCCCAGCUUUUUGGCCAUAUCUAGAUUGUGAGUAAUUUCCACUUCCAAAAAGUUCAAAGGUCGUAAAGCAGUCCUGUGUUGGCGUUCUCUCUCUCAUGUCUUCAGUGGCUGUAGGAUUGUGACUGUGUUGUAUUGGAAAUAGCUGCAGCCACUGUUCUAACUUCUUUGAAUGUUAUUUUCUUUAUUUAUAAGAUGAGGGUUUGAUUUGUUAAGAUGGUAAGUGACUGGAUGAUGGUCAGGAUCCAGAGAAGGCCAGUUAGUUGCUCCAUUCAUGUCAGCAUUUGAAAAGACAAAACAAUUUCAGAUAUUUGGCGCCAUGUUUUAGAGUUCAUUUCAUUUGUAUACGUUGAGAGCUACUAGGUUUUGGAUUUUCACCAAAUCAAUAGAAUGGUAUUAGUUAUUCUCUCAUUUGCACCUUAAUCUACAAAGGUAUUGAAUUUUUAUAUUGCUAUAACUUCAGAGUUAUUUGGGCAUUAUUACAACUCUUCCACUGUACACAAAGAAAUACACCACUAAAUUUGUGGGUGUUCGAAUAUUAUAUAUAUUUGAGGUUUUGUUUGUUUUUUUAGUGGCCCUUCACUUUAAGCUGUUUCUUACUUCUGAUUAUUGUGGGUGAGGAUCGAUUUUCAGUUACCUGCAAGUGAGUUGAAAUCUCAUGGAUUAUAGUCAGCUAUAUCACAUUUGAUAAAGACCUGAAAUACCUUUCUUCUUAGGAUGACUUGAGAAUAAUCAGAUUGGACACGUGUCUGGCAUUUCCAGCUUACUCUUUAUAAUAAAUAUAACAAUGAGUUGAUAUUGGGGCUUCGUGUGCUAUGUAGUUGGUGCUGAAUGAUGUGUUUGAGAGGAAAUCAGGUUUUUUUCCCCUUAAGAACAAAAACUAAAACUCUUUACAUUCUGGCUCCUUCGGUAGUCAAAAGGUUAUUUCUCUUUUCAAAUUUUCAGUCUUCUUGCUGUAGCUGCCAGUAACUUUGUGUGUUACAAGAAUUAACAAGGAAUGUAUUUUUCAGAGGAGUGAAUGAAGUGAAAAUUCAAGGUUUGAAUUGUAUAAAUGCACAACUUAAUUUCCAAUCUAGGAUAUUGCUGAUUUGUUUUUUCUGAUGUUUCUUAACAUCUUUCAUAUAUUGCAGUACUUAUAGUUCCAACAGCUUUCAAAGAAAACAUUUCAGAUAUAUAUAAUUUUAAAAUUUACAUAUAUGGUGCAGAUAGUUUGAGAUUAUUGUGGUUUUACAUCAUAUCUGAGUCAUGGAUCUCACACCUGGCACAGUUGGUAGUUGUUACAGGUAUUUACCCAUGUUGAAAUUUGCCACUUUUUUGUAGAGGUGCCCUUUUCAAUUUACAGCAACAUUUAGAAACAGAAGAUAACUUUAUAGACUAACAUCAACAUUCUGGUUUCCUUGUCCCAGAUAGAAUUAAUGGAAUAUGGGUAUAAGUCAGGUAAAGCUGGUUUUAUCUUUUUUUUUUUUUUUUUAACACAUUUUGUGCUUUGACUUUAUUUGAACUACCAUGAAACUUAAGUUGAAUGGCAUUUGUCUUAAUUCUGCCCCGUUAUAGACCAAAUAUGCCAGAUGUUUGUGUUACUUUUACUGACACAAGCCAUUUCCAUUUAAGUUGCCUUAUUCUGUCUGUUGCAUUGUUCUUGCCAAGUCUAAGCUCUGUCAUGUUGGAAUUCUUCUGACACUGAAUCUGUGAUGUAAAAAUGUAUGAUGUGCUACAAAUUUUAUUCAUAAUAAACUAAGUUAUAGCCUAUUAUAACCUAUAAAACAUUUCUUGUAAAUUGUCUAAUUUAUUUUUUGAUUUAUGUACAGUUUCUUAUGUAAAUUUUUAAAAUAUUUGUUGUGGUCUAUAAACAUUCCCAUUCUCUUUUCCUUAAGGCUUGUUUGCAUGAAACGAACUUAGGUUUUGCUUCUUGUAUGUGGCUAUUAAGCCAACUUCCGUACUCCCUACCUUUUCUGUAGUUGAACUUUUUCUAGUUUUGUUCAUGUUCUAGAAUAAUGUUAAAAGUCAUGCUCUUUGUUUCCUACUUUGCAAAUAAAUUCUCUAAGUUGUUUACUAUGUUA